AUGUCUGUUAGUAGUUUUUCCGGGGGGUCGGGGGGUAGGAACAAGAAUGCUGUUUCCAAGUACGGCUCUCAGUUCCAAGGCAAUGCCCAGCACGACGCCCUGGAGUUCUUGCUCUGGCUUCUGGACCGUGUGCACGAGGACUUGGAAGUCUCCUCCCAAGGGCCCGGGUCCGAGAAGCCUCAGCCUGAAGCCAGCAGAACCCCCGAGCACCUCCUGUCCCCAUCGGCUCAGCUUCCCCUAGGCCAAAGCUUUGUGCAAAGCCACUUUCAAGCCCAGUAUAGAUCUUCCUUGACCUGUCCCCACUGCCUGAAACAGAGCAACACCUUCGAUCCUUUCCUGUGUGUGUCACUACCCAUCCCCUUGCGCCAGACGAGAUUCUUGAGCAUCACGUUGGUCUUCCCCUCGAAGAGCCAGCGGUUCCUGCGGGUUGGCCUGGCCGUGCCAAUCCUCAGCACAGUGGCAUCCCUGAGGAAGAUGGUCGCAGAGGAAGGCGGCGUCCCUGCGGAUGAGGUGAUCUUGGUUGAACUGUGUCCCAGUGGAUUCCAGCGGUCUUUCUUUGAUGAAGAGGACCUGAAUACCAUUGCAGAGGGAGAUAAUGUAUAUGCCUUCCACGCCCCUCCACCACCUGGCCAGGAGAUGCUCUCGGCUCACCCACCUGGUCUUUCCAUCUCCCCGCGCGUGGCAGCCCACGGGGGUCAAUGGUUACCCCCGCCUGUCCAGAGUGAGAACAAGGUGCUGAUCCUCCUCUGUAACUUGGCGGGGUCCGGACAGCAGGCCAGCAGGUUUGGGCCACCUUUCCUGAUACGGGAAGACAGAGCCAUUUCCUGGGUCCAGCUCCAACAAUGCAUUCUCAGUAAGGUCCGCUAUCUCAUGAAGAGUGAGGCCCCCCUGCAGAACCUGGGGUCUCUGUUCUCCAUCCGGGUGGUGGGGCUUUCUCUGGCCUGCAGCUACUUAUCCCCCCAGGACAGCCAUCCCCUCAGUCACUGGGCAGUUGACAGGGCUCUGCACCCCAGGAGGCCAGGAGGCCCCCCGCACGUCAAACUGGCCGUGGAGUGGGAUAGUGAUGCCAAGGGCCGCCUGUUCGGGAGCCCCCAGGAGGAGCGGGUCCAGGACGCGGAGAGCGUGUGGCGGCAGCAGGAGGCGCACCAGCAACCCAGCUGCACCCUGGACGAGUGCUUUCAGUUCUACACCAAGGAGGAGCAGCUGGCUCAGGACGAUGCGUGGAAGUGUCCACACUGCAAGGCCCUCCAGCAGGGCACGGUGAAGCUGAGUCUCUGGACCCUGCCUGACAUCCUCAUCAUCCACCUGAAAAGGUUCUGUCAGGUGGGCGAGAGGAGAAACAAGCUGUCCACGCUGGUGAAGUUUCCGCUCUCCGGCCUCAACAUGGCCCCCCACGUGGCCCAGAGAAACGCGGGCCCCAAGCCCGCGACAGGCCCCUGGCCUUCCUGGGAGCAGCCGGCCUGCCUGCCCGCCAGCUGCCCAUGGGACUUCCUGUACGACUUGUAUGCCGUCUGCAACCACCACGGCGGUCUGCAAGGUGGGCAUUACACAGGUGGGGCUGGGUCCAGCCUUCCCUCUCUGCGUCCCGCAGGUUCCACCAGCUCCUCCUUCUCCGAUCACUGGCUCCUUCGACUCGGGAGCAGUAACAGCAGUGCGAGGGGGAGCCUGCUGUCCUGGAGCUCCAGCCCCGGCCCCUCCCGGCCCCCGGCGUCUGACCCUCCCGUCUUCACCAACGGCCUCUCCGAUCAGGAAAAGGGAGAGCUGGAGUCCGGGCGUCUGGUACGGGGCGUACGAGGCCGAAGCAUCAGCAUGAAGGAGCCUACGCCUUCCAGAGCCAAGCAGGGAGCCUUCAAGACCUUGCCCCUCCGCUGGUCUUUCAGACCCAGGGAGAAACCGCCCGGUACAUCUGUCGAGUUGGUGGAGUACUUGGAGUCCAGGCGGAGGCCCCGAUCCACCAGCCAGUCCAUCGUGCCGCUGUUGACGGGCGCUGCCUGCGAGGACGGGAAGUCCGCUGAGGGUGAAGACGGUAGGCCAGCCGGUGAGACAGUGCUGGCCCGAGCGCCCUGCCCCUCAGGCCACCCCAGUCCCUGUGCAGCCCCCGGAACCUCAGAUGGCCUAAGUACAGCCGGGAAAGCCAAGGAAAACGCGAGUCAGGAUAUCGGGCUCCCCAGACGGUUUGACCUGCCCCUCACGGUGAUGCCCUCAGUGCCGAAUGAGAAACGAGCCCGGCCGGAGGGCCAGAAGACGGCGAACUGCAAGGGAAAUGGCCAGGCAGGAAGCCUCAGCCCAGCACCCUCCCCCACAGAGGCUCUGAGCAGCACGGAAUUAUCUAGAAACAGUGCACAGAGCCGCCAGAAUACCCGCAUCAGAAUGAGGGCUAAUGUGGACGGCAGGGAUGUCCCACAGGGGACCCUCACCCUUCUGAGGUCCGUGUUUUCCAAGAAGGAGAACAAAUCUGAGAGGCCAGAGGUGGCCCCCCAGGUGUCCCCAGUGUCCCUGGUGAGCGGCAGGCUGAGCCCGGCUGUGGAUGAGCACUCUCGGGGCUCCUCUCCUUCCCCCCGGAUUCAGGAGAGCCUGGCCAGAGCCCCCAUCACCCACUUGGAGAGGGAUGUAUGGUCGGCUCCCAGCUCUCUCCGCCUCCCUCGCAAAGCCGUCAGGUCCACGAGGGCCAGUGCCCUGGGCACGUCCCAGAGGACUGUCCCAGGGGAGCACACUCCUUUGGGCACCUUGCAAAAGGUGAAAUACCACACUCUUUCCUUGAGUCGGAAGAAAACGUUACCGGAGUCCAGCUUUUGAUGGCGUGUUCCAGCUUGGUGUGAAGCUGGCAUUCUCAUGACUGAGCAGCUUGUAAGAAGCUCGUGUGUGUGGAGAAUGGGCUUCCGGGAAGCCAGUUGUCUUGGGACCCCGGAAAAUAAGUUUAGUUUUGUUUUGUUUUUUUGUUUUGGUGUCCGCAUUCUGGAUUUCCAAGAUAGCAUGUCCAAAUACUGUCCUGAACCGUUCGGUGCUUUUAUCCGUGCAAGCCACCAGAGGGUGCUGUUGGGUCAGCCUUACUAUUUCAGGGCAAGACCUGAUUGGUUUCAAUAAUUCCAGGGCGUGAGUCCCUACAAGAGUGAUUUGGGUGUGGGCCAGCUCGACAGCCCAGUAGAGAAGAGUCUGCAACAUCGAGUCAAUUCUUGUCAUUGGCUUCUCGUUUUCAAACCUCUACGCGCUUCCUGAGAUGAAACGUUCAAGAUGCCGAAAACACGAUAAAGAAGGAUUCUACGGGAGGGAUGGAACAGAAAUGAUUGAGACUUUAGGAAGAUAUUUAAUAUAUAACAAAAUAAUUGUAGUAUUUUGAUACUAGGCAUAAAGGAAGUUCUUUAAAAAAAAUGUGUAAGUAUGAGACCUAUAUGCAAUUUUAAUAAAAGCCCAUCAGUGAACCAUGUGAA